AUAUCUUCUACAUAUAUGAAACAAUGUAUACAGAUUUCUCAAACAUCAGGUGAUGUCUGUGCAUUUGUAAAGUCUGUUUAUGGUCACGUUUAUCUGUAGUGUUUGAUCUACUGUAACUGAGUUAAGAUGAGAAAUUAUGCAGUUUAUUGAUAAACAGAAAACCAAAUACCAAACAAACAGAACUAAAACAUCAUAUAAGCAUGAGCACCUGAUUAUGAAAUACACACAUCUGUGUAUUUGAAAAGUAUUGCAUUUAAUUCACUUUGUCUGUGAUAAAGUAUACAAACACAGUGCAAAACGUCACUAUUAGGAGCAGAAAGUGUCCGACUUCACGUCUCCGCUUUCAGUUCUGCCCCCGACUGCAAUCGCAACUCUCACUGAUCGGUCUGUGCAGCACCACAUGGACUCAAACAUACCUAAAGACAUGAAAACAUUAACAAUAAGAAAACCUAAAACUGAUACGUCAACAGUGUGUAUGUAAUUAAUUAUUUCUCAUUACCCUGUUUAGAUUGGCAAUCUGUAAUCUCACUGAUCAGCACUGUGAAACUUUGGCUUCAGUUUUACAAUCAUCAAACUCUUCUCUGAGAGAGCUGGACCUGAGUAACAAUGACCUGCAGGAUUCAGGAGUGAAACGGCUGUGUGCUGGACUAAAGAGUCCAAACUGUCAACUCAACCUACUGAGAUUAUCUGGCUGUAUGGUGACAGAAGAAGGUUGUGCUGCUCUGGCAUCAGCUCUGAGUUCAAACCCCUCACACCUGAGAGAGCUGGAUCUGAGCUACAAUCACCCAGGAGUUUCAGGAGUGAAGCUGCUCAACCACCUGGAAAAACUCAAUGUGGAUCAUGGAGGAGAGUUCAUGAUCACAUCAGGACUCCACAAAUAUGCCUGUGAUCUCACACUGGAUACAAACACAGCAAACAAACGACUCAUUCUGUCUGACGAGAACAGAAAGGUGACGUGUGUGAAUGAGUAUCAGUCAAAUCCUGAUCAUCCAGACAGAUUUGAUGUGUAUCCUCAGGUUCUGUGUGUUGAGAGUCUGACUGGACGCUGUUACUGGGAGACUGAAUGGAGUGGAGAUGGUGUUUAUAUAUCAGUGUCAUAUAAAGAAAUCAAGAGGAAAGGAGAGAGUUAUGACUGUGUGUUUGGAUGUAAUGAUAAGUCCUGGAAUCUGAUCUGCUCUGAUCACACAUUCACUGCCCUUCACAAUAAUAAGUCCACUGCUGUAUCUGCUGUUUCAGUGUCCAGUAAGAGAGUAGGAGUGUAUGUGGACGUGUCUGGUGGCACUCUGUCCUUCUACAGCGUCUCUGACACACACAAACUCACACACUUACACACAUUCACACACACAUUCACUCAAACACUACAUGCUGGAUUUACACUUGAUUAUUACGACUCUUCAGUGUCUCUGUGUGACAUUAAACACACACAGACAUUAGUCGACACAUUGUGAGUGUAAUGAUGUGAAAGUGUUGCUGUUGUUGUGUGUGUUUUACAAUUUUUUCCAAUUGCUAACACACAAUUUUUCAAACUAGUCUGGUUUUAUCAAAAUACUUAACACAAUUCACAAAACCACACACCCAAACUGCAAAAUACUUCAUAUAUCCUGCAAAAUGAAGCACUGCAACCGAAACUACACAUAGUAUUAUCAAAAUCAAACUUUUGCAUGAAAUGGCACACACUUCAUUCAUAUUACCAGAUUUUUGCCUAACCAACUACACACUGCUGGGCAUAAUGAAAAGCACCCCCAUCUUUAGUAUGCUUUGCCAUAAUACUAAAAUAUGUAUCUGAUUGUUCACAUGCACAGAAAUAUUUGCAGAUACACACACAUGCUGUUGCAAUAUUUUU